UGCGCGGGGCGCUGAGGGGCGGCCCGAUCUCUGCGGGAGCUCCGUGCGCCGCGGCUCCCGGCAGCACGAAGGCGGCCAGUCGGAGUGGUUUCAAACUUAGAAAACCGCGCUCUGAUCGCUGGAGCGAACAGACUCUCGUCACCUCGAGUCCGGUUCUUUGAGCGGGCGUCAGGCGCCCGGCUGCUGCUGUGCCGGGGCACAGCCCGUAACGGUUCUGACGGGUAGGGCUCCGGGGGCUGCAGCCACCGAGCUCGGUAACUUCAUUUAAAAGCGAUACAAACAGGUGCGUUUUCCCGAUUACAGACAAGCUGAGUUCUUCAGAUGUGAUUGCACUUAAGAAAGAUGCAUGUGGCCUUGCGGUAUUACACACCGCAUUCAUACGUGUGAAUCAGAAGUGCAGAUGUGGCAGGCUGGAAUGCUGGCACUGCUGACAAGGAUUAGUGAUUUGGAACCUUCUUCCCAAACCUAUUUCCCACUUUUUAUGCAUAAGCGAUGCACAGAACACAAAUUUAGGUUGCAGUGUAGUUGAUUCUCCUCACAGUGCUCAGUCGAGUUGCCUGUUUUGAGUUCCAUCCGAAUUCAUUGGCAGUGUGGCUCUCAGCCUGUUCUGACGCUUCAAAACUUCAAGGUACUUCAAAAGCAUUUCUCUCUACAGUGCCAGUGUUUCUGCACCUGGCAGGACACCUGGGACAAGGGCGCAGAGAUCCGUGCUUUGGGGUGAGCAGCAGUCAGCCUUUAGUAGCCCAUGGACCUGGGUAUUGGAGGGAACUACUGGGGAUGGUCACAGCCUCCCCACUGCUGUGCUGGCUGAGACGUAGGCUACUGACAGACACCCAGAGGUUUGCCAAGUCUCAGUAUUUAGUCUGCUUUUCUGUUCAGCCCCCUGUGCAGGGUCUGUCAGUUUAAUCAUGGAGAUACGGGCUGGAAUUUUGGGCAGUUAUUGGUGAUAAUCAUUUAUCAUCUCAGCAUUGGCUUAGGCAUCUAUUUGUGUUCUCACUCAGCAAUUACGUUUUAUGCUUGGAAGUGAUUGCUAAAAUGGUUACUUUCCAACACUGAUUCUUUUCCUGUGCAGCACAAAAAUAAACUGUUUUGUGGAAGCAGAAAUGCUUGGUAGUGGUAGGACUUUGUGCGCUUGCCUAACAUGCUGUUGCAAGGACAGUCAGUAUGGAGAACCAGGAGUUCGAGCUCUGCAUCUGUGCUUGAUCUUGACUUGCUGGGUGAUAUGAGGAGCUGCUUCCCAGGUCCUCUUGAUUUUGUUUGAGAAGUUAGAAUUACCUGCAAUCACUGGUAAACCAAGAGUCUCGAACGGAGAAUAAUGACAAGCGCCUACCCAGAAGCAACACAACAUCCAAGAAAAGAUGAACUUUGAAAUCCGCAUACGGGAAGGCAUCCGUAAACUGCUUACAGUGAGCACACAGAAAGACCAGCUUUUGCAAGCAGUUAAAAACCUGAUGGUCUGCAAUGCACGGAUACAUGCAUACAGGACAGAGCUGCAGAACCAAAUGGAAGGGCCUGUCUCAUGCAGAACUGGAAAGUGGUUGUCAGACGCUGGGACAAAGGACCGGAUGGCAUGUCGAGCAAAAGUUGCUCUCUCAGAUAUUCGAAUACCAUUAAUGUGGAAAGGCUCUGAUCACUUCAACAAUAAAGAAAAAUCACAGCGCUAUGCAGUGUUUUGUUUGUUCAGAAUGGGAGCUGAGGUUUUUGAUACAGAGGUGGCAAUUGUGGAUAAAGCAAUAACAGAUAUCUGUUUUGAAAACAUAACCAUAUUUGAUGAAGCAGGACCAGAUUUCCAGGUGAAGGUUGAAGUGUAUAGUUGCUGUACAGAGGAGUCUUUAUAUGUAGCAAACACCCCUAAGAAACUAGUAAAGAAGCUUAAAACAUCCCUCAGCAAAGCUACAGGGAAGAAACUCAAAGCUACGCUGGAAGAAGACGGCACUGACUCCAUUUUGCUCUCUGACCCAGUCAUCCAUGGAGCAAAGUACAGUUUGCUAGCAUAUACCACUUUGGGGCUGGAGAGUGCCAAGGACAGUUUCAGGACCCACAACCUUACCAUUACAGGAAAUGAGGAAUCUUCUUUUUGGCUCCCCCUGUAUGGAAACAUGUGCUGCCGUUUAGUUGCUCAGCCUUCCUGCAUGGCUAGAGAUAUGAUGACAGGAUUUCUGAAUCAACAGCAAAUGAUAGGAAAUCUAACCAGCUGGAGGAGGCUGUAUUGCGUACUGAGAGGUGGAAAGCUCUCUUGCUAUCACUCACCAGAAGAAAUUGAGGCUAAAGUGGAGCCAGCCCUGAGAGUUUCGAUCAAUAAGGAAACCAGAAUUCAAUCUGUGGAUAAAGACUCCAAAAGAAGAACCAAUAGCUUUUCUGUUAUCAACCCCCUGCCUGGAGAGGCUGCGACUCAACUUUUUGCUACUGACAGUAGGGAAGAGCUUCAGAAGUGGAUGGAGGCUUUCUGGCAGCACUUCUAUGAUCUGAGCCAGUGGAAACAUUGUUGUGAAGAACUUAUGAAAAUUGAGAUUAUGUCACCACGGAAACCACCUUUGUUCUUGACUAAAGAAGCGACCUCUGUCUACCAUGAUAUGAGCAUUGAUUCUCCAGUGAAACGUGAGGGCUUAGCUGAUAUCACACAAAGAAAAAUUGAAGAGAGUGAUGGUGACUUCCUGCUUUGCCAGCAAAAAGAGCCUGCGUCUUCCUUAUGGGCUUCACUCUUUGAUGGAUCUCACGAGAUGGUUGUUCAGAAAAAUAUGCAUACUGCAAGUCCUAAUGAUGGCAGAGGGAAGAAAAGAAGAGCUCCACCUCCACCCUCUGAUAAACCAGCGUACAAUGCAAAAGCACGUGGGAACGCAGAGGAACGGGACAAGGAGAACUGGGAGAGGCCUGAUGGCACAUCUUGCAGUUCUUUAGAUUCAGUGUUAUCUAUGGAAACACAACAAUUGCAGGCACCCACUGCUGCUCCUCGCAGAAUCUGUCCUUGUAGGAAAAACAGUUUGGCUGACCAUAGGAAUCCCAUGUCUUUGGUUACUAAAACAGAGUCUGAAACCAAACCGGUACCAACCCCUAGGCAGAAAUGCAUCACAGAAGUGCUAGACCCUAGGUCACGGUUACAGCCACAGACUUAAUUACUGGCUUAGAAAAUUCCCUGGAAUUUUAAGUUCUUCAGCCUUAUACGGCAACUUCUGAGUGAAAAUUAGUAUUGGCAUAUAGUUUCUAAAUACUGAGGCUAUAGCCUUGUUGCUUGGUUGCUUUGUUGUUUUGUUUCUCUGUUUUUGGUCUUUUAUCUAGAACACUACUACUAGCUGCAUUAUUCAUUUACUUGUUAUUGCUAACAUCUGAAUAAUUACACAAAUAAUGGGGAAGGGUUUAUCUCUAUCUCAAAUAAUGAUGCUAUUUUUGAAACAGUGUUUCAGUACUUUUCCCUUGAAAAACUGUCAGUAUUCAGGGUAUCUCAGUGUCUGUGCUGCAGGGCUUUUACUGUGGGCAUUUCCCAGUCCCUCUGCUGAUCCCGUCUGCAGCUCCUUAAACUGAUUCAACAGGGAAUUUCAGAUAUUCAACACCAGUCUCCCAGAACUGAUUUUCCUGUGCUUCAUGCUUGGUUUCACCUGAAAUAUUCCCAUAUCUCCCUCAAUGUUUAAGAACUGCUGCUUGUAAGAUAAUGUGCUGUGAACAGUUACUGCACUCUUCUGAGUGGCUCUGGAUGAGUUUCUGAAGCAGUUCUACCAAUUUAACAGGAUCUCUGUGGUCCUCUGUGCUGCGAGCACGUCUGAAUGGACUGCGUCUGUCUGCGUACGAACAAGAAUGGAAUCCAUCAGUAUGGUUUACUUUGGACUAACACAAACAUGUCAAAGCAGUACUGCCUAUGAAUACCUAUUUGGGAUUUUUUUUUUUUUAAUCUUUUUUUUUUUUGAUGAAUGAGGCUUUGUAGCAUCACUCCUCCUUCACGGAACUUCUCAGCUGUUCCUUGUAGAUAGCUUUUUGUAAAGGUGACGGCAUUACUGGUAAACAAAUAGGUUUUUUAUUUCCCCACUCAUUUUUUAAAAAGAGAACAAAUUCUUCAGUUGAAAAUAUUGAACUCUGAUGUUCUUAUGUCACCAUUCACCAUUUUUAUAAGAAGUGUGGGUUAUUAUGGUUCGUGUGGCACCUGCAAAAAAUCUAUUUAUGCAGAAAAGAUUCCUUUUUCCUGGAUCCACAGCUUAAAUAUCCAGCCCUUUCCUUGCUUGAUGCGUUUCUCUCAGAAGCUGGAACUCAGCCAGGAGCAAAGGUCUGCUUGCAGAUUUUCCUCUAGAGCCUUAGUAUUCAGACUUGUUGAGUCAUAUCAGCAACUGUAUACAUACACUUCAUUUUUUUUUUUUUUUUUUUUUUUUUGAAAGUACAGAUGGCUUUGGGAGCUUUACCAUUUCUCUGGAAGGUAUUGUGUGCGUGGCUGGUUAGUUUGUUUAUCUAUUUUUUGUCUUUUGCUAAGCUCUUGCUAUACAGUUGUAAAGGUAUCUGCUGCAUUUCCUCAGUAGUUCAUUGGCUGUUUGGGAUGGAAUUUGAUGGGCAGGUUUCAUUUACAAAUCCCUUGGUGGGAUUAGAACCCUCUGUUUAAGAAAUGUCAUUGUUCGUUCUUCAUUUAAUCACAUUCCAUUUUCCCUUGGAAACAGCCGUAAUAAUUCUUACAACAAAUUGUGCUGUUACUUAAGUGGAUGGUUUGUGAAUGGUUUAUAAAUAGGAACAGAAAAACUGAAGAAUAACGAUGUGAUUAUGUAAAUUAGACACAGUCACUAAGUGGACUGUGCAAUUCUGAACAAGAAAUAGGGAAAAAUAAACAUAGGGGAAAAAAGGUGCAGCUGCAGAUUAUUUAGCUUUAAAUCUAGCAUUAAAUGUAACUCUCCUACGAAAAAAAAAGAAUAUCUUUUUUCGUGGUAACCCCCUUCCAAUUAGUUGCUAUAUUUCAAAAUAAAUCUCUUAAAUAUACGAGGCAAGAAGACAACAUAACGAGAAUUCAUUUUUUAAUUCAACAGGCCAUUGAAUUUCAAUGAGCAGUUUCCCUGUUAAAUUCAGGAGCUUUGUUUUGAACUACAACAUACAUAUUUUAGGCAGGCAUUUAAUAUUAAAUUCUUCAAGUGACGAGCAUUCGCCCAUCCCUCCUGUUGCAAUAGUUAAUUACCUCAGGUACGUUUUUCACUUGAUUUUUCUAUUUGCAUUUGUAGCUCCACCUUAAGUUAUUUUGGUCUUUUUAUGCCUUUGAUUGCUUAUAUUGAUCUCUGUAGUAUCAGCUUUUCUAAUUGCUUGUGUGUAGCUAUAAAUCAUGAUUAUGUCCCUUUUAACCUUUUCUCUGAUGAGAUAUACUGAAUUCCUUAACUUUCCUAUGGAAAUGAAUGCUAUCCAAGACUAAUUCAUCUUCACGUUCUUCUCUGUACUUCUCACAUAUUUAAAUAUUUCUGUGUGACCUCUGAAUGAGAUGCUACGUGCCAACAGUGAUCCAGCAGGACUAUACAGACGUAGUCUGAUCUUCUUACUCUGAUAAAUACCUCCCUACCCUAUUUCCACAGAAAUCACAUUAUCCUCCUUUUUGCAGAAGCAUUACCUUGGAUGCUGACUUUUACGGCUCAGGUCCUCUUCAGAGUCUCUUUCUAGAAUGUGGUACUUCGUCCCCUUAUUAUCCUAACGUAUUUUUUCUUGGAAGUAUACACUGUAUUUUACCAGCCUUAAAAUACCGCUUAUGAAGCGAUCCAGAUUGCUGUGUGUAAGUGACCUGUCCCCAUUCUUUACUACUCCAGCAGCCUGCAUGUCCUUUGCAAAUUUAUUGCAAGUGAUUUUUACAGUUUCUUCCAGAUCAUUGAUUUUUAAAAUUGAAUGCAAGGCAAGGUUUGUAGAAAGAGGUGAUAAGUUUUUAUUAGAUUGGUGACAUGGGUGGGGGUGGGGAAAAGCAAACAGGCCAUUGAGUUCAUGUCUCUUUUCCAAGAGCCUUUAAAAACUGAAUAAGACGGAAAUUCAGGGCAAGCCUCCAUGCAUCCUGCUGAUUCCCUAUGAAUACUGCAUUUUGAAAUUAGUUAUCUGUUUUCAGCGCAACAGUCUGUAUUGAUCUUUAUCUGUGAUGGGUAUUUUAGAGAAAUGAACGUUCGUCUGGUUUGCGCCGGGUGCCCCGGGGUCCUAAGGAUAACACUUCAGUGCAGGUGUUUUUGUAAGCUCAGCUUACUGGAUCAAAGCAAAAAAUGCAGCCUGUUGUCUGAGACCUCUUCUCCAUGAGGUUGUGUGGAUUGACAUACGCUCUAUCCUUGAGUUAGUCUCAUACCAUCCAUUUCACUGCAUUGCCCUGGUCACCAUAAGCAAACGAGGCCAUUAAUUACCCUGAUCAUCCUCUUUCCUCACAACAGUAUUGUUGCAGUCCUGCGAAAUGUCGUGACACUGCUGAGACUUGUUAAACUAAUUACAUGUUUAGGCUCCUACAGCUGGAAAUGUUUCUGCUACCGAAUGCAGUUUCUGCUAUUUUAAGCAACCAAUAUAUAAUCCCUGUUAUGAAGCAUCAGUUGACUUCAGGUUUUAAUAUUUAUUGUACUGACUUAGUCUUUUUUCUUUUUUUUUCCCCUCAUGUGUUGCCUCUUAUUACUGCCUUCUCAUCUUCUGUUCAGCAGGCUGCUUUCACUGAUUAAAAACUGCAGGCUACCAGUGAGCGUUGAUCUCAGCAAUACAAUAAAGUCAGUUCUAGUGAAGAGAUUUGUACUCUGCUUUUGUCUACUCAAAAGAACAUAAAUAAAAGUAAUAAAGCCAGCAAAUUCUAGGAGUAUAAUUACAAGAUAUAUCUGUGAGGAAAACUUAAUUUUUUUUUGGCGUUUCCACGCGGUGAUAAAUUGUAAUAUUUCACUAAGACGUUCGUCCCCUUCUAAUCAUUAAAAGACUUGCUCAGGAAUUAGAUCUUCUCCAUUGUUUUUUGCCUCAAGUGUGCCUGACUGUAACAAGGGCGAAAAUGCAGCAGGAGAACUCAAUAGCUGAGUCACUUGACUAGCAUAUAUGAACAGUGCCGAAAUAGGAACUAAUUCACAAAGGGGGAAGGGAAGGGAAGUCAGGCAGCCUCCAGCUGGGGUGAGGCUGGGUAGGACAGCAUGAGACCAGUGGCAUCUCCUGGCCCUUGCAGCCCAGGUAUUUGCCUCUCACAGCUGUGCAGGCAAACCAGUGCACUGCUGCCUUGUGGUGGAGUCUGGAGCAAAAUAGUGUUCAUGCAGAGACACUGCACUGCUAGUGAACUGCCCCACCUGCCUACUGUUGUGCAGCAAAGAUGUUGGUAGCUUUGUGCAUCUUGUUCAUUUGCUGCUUCUGAGCUGCACUGAUAUGCUGCUUUUGUAAAGAACACGUCAAGCUUGCUCUGAAAUUUGUCCUGCUUGUUCUCUGCUGGAAUUAAUUAAUUUCUGCUUAAAAGCAAUUAAGUAGUGAGAUUGCAGCCUUGAAGUAUAGCAAAGACAACAGCCAACCUUUCUGUUAGGAAGCAUGGUUUAAAAGCUAGUCCAAACUUGAAUGUGAAUUUCACGUAGCACGAACAACUUCUGCAGUGCUGCCUGCACAAGGCCUUGAUUUAGCAACUUUUUAGAUGGUACUUUGUGUUUUGUGCUGUUUACUUGGUCUUGCAAUUUUGAAGACUUUAGCUUAAAUGUUUACAUUUUUAUAUUUGUAAUUUUUUUUUCUGUAGUAAUGGUUAUAAGUAGUUAUUUCUAUGGUACUUUUUACAUAUCUUAAAAAUACUGUCCGAGUAUUCAGAAUUGAUUUGUAAUUAAUUACAGGAAACGAAUGUAUUGUGAAAUAUUGGAACAGGAAUUCUAAUGUUGUGCUGCAAACGUACUGUAUUUGGAUUGAAAUUA